UCCUCUUCCUCUCUAAACCCAAAGCCAGAAUAGCAUUAGCAGCCAUGGCCAUCCCAGCUGUACUCGCCAUCGUUCCCAUUGGCGUUCUUUUCAUUCUCUCAGGCCUCAUUGUUAAUCUCAUGCAGGUAGUUUCUUUCAUCCUUCUUCGUCCUAUAUCAAAGAAGUUGUAUAGAAAGAUCAACAAAGUAGUUGCAGAGUUGCUCUGGUUGGAACCCAUAUGGCUUAUUGAUUGGUGGGCAGGAAUCAAGGUUGAGUUGUAUGUAGAUUCAGACACCUUUCAGUUAAUGGGUAAAGAACAUGCACUUGUCAUUUGCAAUCACAGAAGUGACAUUGAUUGGCUUGUUGGAUGGCUCAUAGCUCAGCGCUCAGGUUGCCUUGGUAGUGCACUAGCCAUCAUGAAGAAAGAAGUAAAGUUCCUCCCAGUCAUAGGUUGGUCAAUGUGGUUUUCUGAAUAUUUCUUCUUGGAAAGAAGAUGGACUAAAGAUGAAAUUACAUUGAAGUCAGGUUUUCAACAACUAGAGGAUUUCCCCAUGCCUUUUUGGUUGGCCCUCUUUGUAGAAGGAACACGAUUUACGCAGGCAAAGCUAAUGGUAGCUCAAGAGUUUGCUGCUUCAAGAGGGUUGCCUAUUCCUAGGAAUGUCUUGCUUCCACGUACAAAGGGUUUUGUUUCAUCAGUAAGUCAGAUGCGCUCAUUUGUUCCAGCAAUUUAUGAUUGUACAGUAGCUGUUCCCAACAAUCAGCCACCGCCUACAUUGUUGAGAAUAUUUCGAGGGCAAUCUUCUGUGGUAAAAUUACAAAUCAGGAGACAUUCAAUGCAGGAAUUGCCCGAAACGGCUGACGGAAUUGGACAGUGGUGUAAAGAUGUAUUUGUUACCAAGGAUGCUUUAUUGGAGAAGUACUUUGCUAAAGGCACAUUCAGUGACCAGCAACUUCAAAACAUUGGCAGACCUAUGAAGUCCUUAAUUGUUGUGUUACUCUGGUCCUGCCUACUUGGCUAUGGAAUUUUCAAAUUCGUUCCAUGGUCUUCCCUCCUAUCCUCAUGGAAAGGCAUUGCAUUUUCAGCUACUUUCUUGGUCCUUAUUGUAAUUGUUAUGCAAAUCCUCAUCCAUUCAUCUGAAUCAGAGCGUUCGACACCGCUCAAUAUAACCCCACAAGACCAAACCAAGGAGAGACUCGUUCAGAAAUGAUCUUCUUAUUUAAUUAUUAGUGCUAACAAUUAGGCAUGACAGUGAUCUUCAAAUGUGAUUAUAAUUUUGUUGUUGUUUUGUUUUUAGGUUUCUUCAUUUGAAAUUGCCAAGCUUAUUGUUCUCUUGUUGUAGCUUGGAAAUGUAUACACACACACACAAAAAUUUAGGCAAUAUGCUUGUGUAUUGUUGUAGCGGGACAGCUCUGUAUUUAUUUAUUUAUUUAUUGAUUCAU